GGGGAUGUCACAAAGGAUAGGUAGGCGCGGCGGCGGCUCAGGGAGCGAGCGACGGCGGCGCAGGCGGAGGGGGUGGCUCCCCCUCCCUGUCUGUCCCCUUCUCCCGGCGGCGGCUCCUUCAUGAGGGCGCCCAGGGCUGGCGGCAGGUUCCCGUGAGGAGCGGUGGGCGGGGCCUGGCGCUCGUCUCCCGCUGGCCCCCGCGCGGGCCCGGCGGUAGCGGCAGGUGCAACAUUUGAAACAUGAACAGCAAUACGCGUUACCAGUUUUCAAAGCUGGAACACAGUUGUCUGCGACGUUUCCAAAGUAAUCUUUACACAAGGAAUUUGUAAAUCCUUUGUAAUGGCCAACAAGAAAGAACCUCCUUUCUUCAAUGAUGAUAACGUGGGACCGUUUCACUACAAACUUCCUUUUUAUGAAACUAUGGAGCUCUUCAUUGAGACACUUACAGGAACGUGCUUUGAGCUGCGAGUGGCUCCCUUUGAAACAGUGAUUUCUGUGAAAGCUAAAAUUCAAAGAUUAGAAGGUAUUCCUGUCUCUCAGCAGCACUUAAUUUGGAAUAAUGUGGAGUUGGAGGAUGACUAUUGCUUGAAUGAUUAUAAAACUUCACCUUUUUUGUUGACUAUUUGCAGCAUUUCAGAAGGUUGCACUUUGAAGCUGGUACUGGCUAUGCGAGGUGGGCCUAUUAACACUAGAAGAGUUCCUGUGGAAGACCCUAUUAGGGAAAUGGCUGAAUACAUGGACCCCAGUCGAGAUGAGGUCUGGGAGAAGGGGCCAUCCAACAAACAGGUUACCUUCUUGGUGUACCGGGAAGGAGAUCAGUUGAAUUUCUUCCGUGUUGUAGACAGGGGGGAUGGCACUUUAACACCAUUAUCUGAAUCUUUAAGUGGUGGUUCAGUUUAUAACUUAUACACAGAUGACGACGAAGAAACAGAGGCAUCUCCUUCUGGCCAACAGAUUAUUGAGAACUCGAUUACUAUGAAUAAAAUGAAACUGCUCAAGGCAAAGAUGGAGAACAUGAAUCUCAGUAAAAAGCCUAAGAAGACUGUCAAGGUGAAACCUCGUCCACCUAUAGCUCCUCGACCAUCUAGCAGUUCAGCAGCAGCUGCUCGUCACCGUUUUUUAAGAGUACUCCCCCACAUUGGACAGUCCUGCCUACCUCCUCCUGGGAAUUCAUAUCCCUCGGAGUCUUCCCAGAAUGCACUUUCAGCUUUGGCUACUUUGGCCACUGCUGGUAGAACAAUGCCAUCCAUUACUAGUGACUUUCUUAAGGAAGAUGACAACUGGGAGAGCACCUCCCGGUCUCAGUCAGUUAAUAGCAUUCGACUACCACCGAAAAUAUCUCGUGUUGAACUAGAAAAUGCAAAACUACCUACAAAUAACUUCCUUCCCCCUGUCCCAUCGCUGCCUAUAAAUUCAGAAAAAGCUUUAGAAAAUGUGACAUCCACAAAUGAGGACGAUCCUGUCUUGUAUCCACAUCUAACAAACGUAGAACUGUGUGCAACAGAAGACAAGCUUCUACCUGAAACAGAUGCUUUUGCUUUGUUAGCAGAAGCAACCACUGCUGAACAGUAUAGUGAAUUAUAUGGAAUAGGGAAGGUAAACCCAGAGCUUGGACUGUCUGAUGGGGAUGACGAGUCUAAAGCUGUAGAACAGCAUAGCAAACCCAUUACAAAAAUCCUGAGCGCUACAACAAUGGAGGCUGGACUUCUCAACACUCGUGAACUAAGUCCUCAGAAGAACACACUCUUGUCACCUCUUCGGUAUUCAGCCCAAAUGGCACAUCACAGUUCUCUGAAACCACAGACACAACCCAAAUGCUUUGAGGUCGGUAACUUGAGACCUGCUGCCUCCCCAAAUCUGCUCCGAUCUUUGGAGGUCCGCAAUAUAGCAGACUCCUCUUUUCCAAGGACUACAAGAUUUCGUGGUGUGAAGGUAGACUCGCCUGGCAAAAGACCCGAUAUCAUUUCUAAAAUGGAGGCUAGGGACAUCACAGAGGUGGCAAACAAGGCAUCCAAAGAACCUGUGGGUUCUGUAAAUAACUUAGAAUUUCUAGCUUCGCUGGCCCGAAGCACAAGCAGGGAAAGUUUACAGAAUUCCUGCGGGACAGGCAGGUUUCGGACUUCUGGUAUUGCACUCCCUACGAACCUCCAGUGUUUUCAGGAAGAAAGCUUUAGGAAAGCCUCUCCCCCAGAUGAAGCUGCUGAAUACUUCCUAUCUGCCCAUGGGCUUGGAAUGAAUGGAAAUGUUGCAGCUACAGGGAAAAGAAUAGCAGGUGAAGCAACCCAUCUCCCACCUGUGAAUGGUUCAGUGCAAACAAAAAAGAAAACUACAAAGCACUGCUUUCUCUGUGGCAAGAAAACUGGAUUGGCAACCAGCUAUGAAUGCAGGUGUGGAAAUAACUUCUGUGCAACUCAUCGCUAUGCAGAGACUCACACCUGCACCUACGAUUACAAGAGCGCGGGGCGGAGGUACUUGCAGGAGACUAAUCCCAUCGUUAGUGCACCAAAGCUUCCCAAAAUCUAACUAUGGUUGUGCUGCAUGUGGCUGCGCUGCCAUGGCGGAAUUGUAUUACAUUGAGAGAAGCAGCAUUUGCUUCGACUGCAUUUAUUUUGCCCUGCUCCAUAUCUAAAGAUUUGCCAAGUAACAAAAGCACAUGAGGAUGCAUCUGAUUGAAGAAUAAUGUGAACACUACUGUAGCUGACACCUUUAUUCUUUAGUGAAUCAAAAGUUUAAAAAGUAGUUUUUAAAAACUUACACUAUGAUUUUAACUGUUCUUGCACGUCUUGUGUUAAGUGUUUUAUAUCUGAAAAUGCUAUUUCACUAGACAAGUCUUUAAAAGAUGCACUUUACUAAGUUUCAUAUUUACUGUAUAACCAGACUUGAGGGGGUGCUGUAAUGAGGGUGUCAUGUAAUGUCUCUGUACUCUACCUUGUGUUUUGUCCAUUGUGUGGUAUCUUAAGUUAUUUCACUAGGAAGUCUCCCCCUUACUUCGAACCACCUGUCCAGAGCUUCAGAGAGUGUGGUACUUUCUGCACUUCUGUUCCGUUCAGUUUGGCAUUCAUAUACUGUGUAUCCAUUCUGCAAAUAACAUAUCAUGGUAAUCACACUAUUUCUUAAAAUACUACUCUUUAUAUGGCAGUUUUUUUAAAUAGAGAAUUCCCUUUGUUGCCAUUAAAUACAAGGAACAACUUAUUUUAACUUUUUUUGUAAUCCUAGAUUUUUUAAAACUUCACAACUUGGUUUGUUAAGAUGUUGAGUGCUGUUACCAGAAGAAAUUCUAAUAAAUAUUAAAUUUUAUUCUGGUUUGCAUGCGCUUAUCAUAAACUCAUACUAACUUUUAAUAUUUUACAGGGUGCUGGAAGGGAAGGGAGGGUUCUCAGAAGCUUACAGCAUUGCCCUACCUCUGUUCUCAUUGAAAUAAGUGGUAAAACUCCCCUUUACUGGGAAUAGCUAGGCCAAAAUAGAGCGUAUUGAAAGUCUCUCUGUCUUGCAAACAAGCCAGUCAAACCAAGCAAAUCUGGGUGUUACCAAUCUUCAGCAGAUGUUUAACACACCACGCAAUAUUGUUGGCAGCCUUUACCAUCUUAUGCCAACAUCACACUGGGUCAGCUUGGUACUUGUAUGGGAGACCUCCAAGGAACACACAGGUGCUGCAGAAAGUAGUGUUAGAGCAUCACCUACUGAAACCAUUUCUUCUUCUACUCAUUAAGUAUUAAAGCAUCCCAGUCUGGUCGGGGGACAAUGCUACUAGAUGUUGCCUGAUUUAGGAGGUUAAUAAUAUCAAUUUGGAUAGUGUGGGUUUUAGGCUCGCCAGUCUGUCUGAUCAGAAGAUAAAAAGGUUCUUGUCCUGAAUGGGGCUCCACAGAAUUUACAAAGGACAGGAAGCUCAUACUGAGACAGAUACAGCCUUAAAGACUUUUUAUUAAGAUAAAUGAAACAGUAAUUAAAUAGUAAAAUAAUCAGAGUUACAAAGUUACAUUUGUAUUACUGCUAUUCAAAAGAUAUAGAUGGUAUUAUAUGCUACAAAGCUUUGGUGAAUAUACUCAUACCCUUCCUUGAUAACUUGGUGUUGAGAGACACAGGACCAGCCUCGCCUCAGGCCGUUCAGGUUCCUCAAUUCUUCAGUGAGAGGUGCAAAGCUUAGAAGAAGCUAGAGCCAAGAGCUAUUGAAGCUAGCUUAGAGUUUACUAAACUACCUUAAAUUUAAAAUCAAAACCUAAUACACAAAACUAAGAACAAAAGCAUAGGGAAACCAAGCUUAGCCUAGUCCCCAUGGAACUUAGAAAGUUUUAAGAAAAACAAGUACAGGCUCUCUAGCAAGGCCCUCUUUUAUAGGGCACAGGUGUCUGAACCCUCCUCCUAUGCCCAAACUUCAUUUCUCACCCACAAAAAUGUUAGGGUUCACUUACUCCAUAGGCUAGUAUGUUCGUAUGUAUUGAUGACAUGUACAUACAUAUUAAUGACAUUGGAUCAUACACUCACGUUAUUUUUGUUCUCCCGGUUAUUUCGUUUUUUUCCUUGUGGUGUACCUGUUAAGUUUGAGGAUACAGACUUGGAAACCCCCUAUGCCAUUCUACCAUUAUCUAUCUAUCUAGGUGAAAGAUCCCAGGCAUAGAUAUACUAACUUUGCCUUAGCUCAACAUACAGAAUAUGGCCUGUAAGUUCCUUGCAUUACUAUCAAACUUACUUUAAUAUAACUCUCUAAACCUAUUACAAUAAACCAAAUACUUAAACUAUAAGAAAAGAUUAUAUAAAAAUGCAAGCAAGCAGGUUAAUCCCAUAGCUACAUAGAGGAGCCCUAUUAUGAAUAUGUUUUAAAACUCCACUCCCAGCCAUGUUUGGCCAUUACCAUGUCAUGGCACAUCUGAAGACACGGUGUUCGGCAGACAUGCAGCCAAGUUCUGACUUGGAUAACUUGUCCACUCUGUCUUCUUCUAAAUUCCCUCACUGACUAAUUGGCUGUGGUAUCCUUACCUCCUAAAUGGUUGUGUAGUGUUACUGCUGUGAGUGGUAGUUCAAUGGUGACUAAAGCUGAAUCAAGAAAAACGGUGUUCCUGGUAGGAAGAGGGAAGCAGUUGAAGAGCUCGCUUUCUCUGUAACAUUGCCCUUUAUUGAGGGCACCUGCAGCCUCCCGGUCCUUCAGGAUACCUAAAUAGCAAUGGCUAUUUUAAUAAAUUUAAAAAAAAAAAGCCCAAUCUCAUUUAU